GUGGAAGAAUUCUUUCAUGCCUACAACAUCCAGUGCAUGCUGGACUUGUCUGUCGGUGACGGCAAGACGUGUAUGCUGGCUAUCAAGCGGAGGGCCGAGCUGGUGGGAAUCACGUUCAAUGAUCAUCACAAGGAAGGGUUGUAUCGACGACUUGAGGCUCAAGUGUUCCAGGAGUUUCAAAAAGCGGACUCUCCGCUUUAUGAGUCCGGGCUGGUUCAGCUCUUGGGGAAGAAGCGCAAGGCGGUUCCGAAUCUUAAGAAGGGCAAAGGGCGCGGAAAAGGUGGCCGACGUGGCCGCGGACGGGGACGUGGCAAGGCACAG